AUGCAGGCGGAGCCGCAGGCCGCGGAGCUGCAAGCCGUCACUGUCACCGGGCCGUGCUCCGCCGCGGAACUCGGCUCCACCCUGCCCUUUGAGCACGUCGUCGCGUGGAGCAUGCAGUCGAGGCACCGGCCGCCUUCCGACGUAGAGGAGGCAGCGCUGCGCGAUGCGCCAAUCACGCUGCAGACGCUGUCCGCCGUGCGCGAAAAGCCGCUCGUCAACCUCGCCAACCUCACCGGCCCGCAGGAGGACGUGGCCGCCGCGGAGGUCGAGGCGUUCGCUCGCGUCGGUGGCCGGGCCAUCGUCUCGGCGAGCGUGCCCGGCGCCGGCGGCGCCUGCAGCGCCUCCUGCCUGGCCAGUCUCUGCAGAAGGACCAAGCUGCGGGUGAUUAUGACGGUUGGCUGGGCGUCGGCGCGCGAGCUGCCGCCGCCGCCGCCAGACGACGAGGCGGAGGACCCGGCGCUCGACUCGCUGCUCCGCUCGCUCCUCGAGGGGGAGGAGGAUGGGUCGGGCGGAGCAGCGGUGCGCGCUGGCGCGCUGGGGGUGCUGCCGCUCACACCUGGGCACGCGAGGCUGCUCGAGGUGCUAGCGGCGGCGCACGUGCGGUCUGGCGCGCCGCUGUUCUGCUCGCUGCCGGCGGGAGGCGCUGCCAGCGCCGACGCCGCAGAAUCGUCAGGCGCGGCGGCGGUCGCGUCUCUCGACGCGCUCUCCGCCGCCGGCGUCGAUAUGCGUCGCGUGGUCGUCGCCCACGCGCAGACCCUGCUCGGCGCGCCGGCUGCGCUGCGCGCCCUGCUCGCCACCGGCGCGCGGCUCUGCUUCACCGGUGCAGGGAUGGGCUGGUCCGUGCCGGGCGCGUGUGCGUCGGACCACCCCUGGCUUUGCCCUCCGUCGGACGAAGGACUCGCCGCAGCGCUGGCCAGGCUGUGCGCCGAAGGGUACGCCGACCGCCUCCUCCUCUCGCUCGGGGUAUCGUCGCGGCUGCAGCUCGCGUCGUGCGGCGGCGGCGGCUUUGGCUUCCUGCAGCGCGCCUUCCUGCCGCGUGCGCGCCGGCAUGGGCUGAGCGCGUCGGACGAGGAGAGGAUCACCACCUCGAACGCGGCCGCUCUCCUGUGCUACUGGACGCCGCCACCGCCGCCGGAGCGCACCGUGCGGCACUGGAGCUGCGACGCUUGCCACCGCGGCUACGUCGAGGCGGUCAACGAGGCGGAGGCGCUGCCGGAGGACCGGGUCUACUUCGAGAAGUUCUCGUACCGCUACUGCAGCACCGCCUGCCUCGGGGCGCACCGGCGGGCCGAGUUUGUGCAGCCCUUCUCCGCGCCGCCGCCGCCCGAGUGA